GAUUCUGUGCUCCUGGUGUUCUGCUAAUAAAUUGUUUGUUAUAAAACACUAUGUGCCUAAUCAUUCUUGUCUCCUAGGGGCUACUAGAAAUAAAAGGGUUACAGCCCAUGUUGUUGCUAACAUCUUUGGUGAGAUCAUAGGCUCUGUCCCCCUCAUUAGGCCUCGACACUUGAAGGCAAUGGUUAGAAAAGAAUUGGGAGUAUUCAUCACUAACAAGGUGUGUAGAAAUGCAAAAGGUCUUGUUUUGAGAAGGAUUGAAGAGCAGUUCAAGCAUGACUUUAUUCAUUUGCAUAAUUAUGCCUUGGAAUUAAAGGCUACAAACCCUGGUAGCACCGUGUUCAUUGUCUCUGAAAGAAAGAAAGCAGAUGAACCUCCAAUGUUUAAGAAGAUAUAUGUCUGUCUAGCAGCGGUCAGGGAAGGGUUUAUAAGUGGGUGCAGAAAACUUAUUGGCCUUGAUGGAUGCUUUUUGAAGGGAGUUGUUAAAGGGCAGAUCUUGGUGGCUGUGGGAAGAGAUGGCAAUAACCAGAUGUAUCCUGUAGCUUGGGCAGUUGUGGAUAAAGAGACAACAGAAACUUGGUCAUGGUUUAUUGAGUUAUUAAGUGCUGAUCUUAACAUUGGGGAUGGAUUAGGAUGGUCUCUUAUAAGUGACAUGCAAAAGGGUCUAAUACAUGCAGUGAAUAAUUUGUUACCACUUAUUGAGCAUAGAAUGUGUGCAAGACACAUCUAUGCAAGAUGGGGAAAAAUCUAUCCAGGGAAGGACUUGCAGAUUCAAUUUUGGUGUAUCGCAAGAUCUACAAGUGAACCUGAAGUGAAGAAACAAAUUCAGAAAAUGAAAGACUUGAAAGGAGGAGCUAAAGCUGUGGAGGAAUUAUUGGAUAGAUGGCCAAUUUCAGGCACUAAAAAGCAGGGAAAAUGCUGCAAACCAAACCAAAGAUGGAGAUCAGAGUGAGCUAACCUCUAUAGCUUUUGAAGAUGCAGCUUUCCCAACACAAGAUAGCAUGACAUCAGCUACAACUCAAGGAAAAACCUGAUACUAAAACAAGCGACCAGUUUGAUUUUCUCUGUUAGUGGUUCUUUUUUUUUUUUGUGUUUGGUGUACCUUAGUUGAUCAGAUGAUUUGUAAUGUAUCCAACACUGGAUAUUUUGUGUGAUCACAUCUUAUUGUGGAACAAAUUUUAGGUCUCUUAUUUAUUUACUUUUUUUU